CGCCUACGUGAAUUUGUACAUGUACGCCGAUGUAGUCGAGUCUAGUUACCGAUACCGGUUGUAGCGGAGGUUGGUGCGUGUUUGUAGAUAUUCCGGGUUUUUUAGGAAAACACCAACAGAAAUCAUGUCAGAGACAAAAGAGACAAAAGAGACAAAAAUAUAUUCUCUAGAAGAUGUUAAACAACACAAAACAAGCCAGUCGAUAUGGAUCGUAAUUCAUAACAAAGUCUACGAUGUCACGAAGUUCUUGGAUGACCAUCCUGGAGGUGAAGAGGUGCUUCUUGAACAAGGAGGAUCGAAUGCCACAGAAUCAUUUGAAGAUGUAGGCCACUCAUCAGACGCCAGGGAACUCAUGCAGGAUUACCUCAUCGGUGAUCUGGCAGAGGCCGAUUGGGAAACUUCAGUAAAGACAAACACAGGACCAAAUGCACCUGAUGCAGGAUCAGGAAGGUUGGUGAAGCAUUUCAAGUUUCUAAAAAAGUAUUUUAUUUGGUUGUGGUAGGUACA